UAAUUUUUUUCAUGUACAUUAUACAUACCUGUAAAAACGAGGAAAAAGAAAGUGUCAGAUUUUCUCUCCAACUGAUGGACCCUCGACGAGCGUCACGCACAGUAAGCGACCCAAAGGUCCGACAAGUGGGAUUCUUCACUCCGGGAGCUUCAUCACCCGAUCGUUCUCAAUCGGGCCCACCCGACCCUCACCCAAUCUCCUCUUCUCCACCUACAAUCACGGACCUCUCUCCUUCCAGCGGAAACUCUCUCUCUCCGGUCAUGAUCCCUCCGCCACGUCACGUUUCCGCUCCUUUAUCUCCUCUCCUUCGGGACUCUGCCCCUCCUGGCACCAUGGUUAAUAGUAAUAGUAAUAAUGCGACCGAGUUGUUUACUGCUGCUACUUCUCCUACUGCAACCACGUCAUUUUCGGAUAGUGGAAGAGGUGGAACGGCGCCGUCUAGUAGUUAUCCUGGUGGUGGGGGUGUUGGUGGACUUGAUAUGCCGCAAACGAGUAGUAGUGUCCCUGGGAGUGGAUUGACUACAGUUUCUGUUUUUGUUAAUUUGCCUCCUGGACUUGAUGAAAAGGCUGGAAUAUCAACUGACGUGCAAAAUAGUAACCGAUCAAAUUUAAAGCGAUUGAAAGAGAAAACUACUAAAGCUGAAAGACGUGCCCUUCAAGAAGCUCAACAAGCUGCUAAAGCUGCUGCAAAAGUGUUAUUAGCCGAAGGGGCUGCUAUUCCAGCAAAUGCAAAAUUGGCUAAAUCUGCAAAGGUUCCAUCACAAAAGAAUGACAACGCUCCAACUGCAGCUUCUGAGAAAAAGGGAGGUGAGCACCCGCCAGAGAAAGAUAGAAAGAAAGAUGUUCCUCAACCACGCAUGCAAUAUGAUGACAAGAGUCGAGUAGAGAAGGCAAAAAAGCGUGCAGUGGUAAAACAAACUGAAGCUAGGAACAGAGUUGAGUUGUUCAGACAUCUACCUCAAUAUGAGCAUGGAACUCAGCUACCUGAUCUCGAGUCUAAGUUCUUUCAACUUGAUCCUAUGCAUCCGGCCGUCUACAAGGUCGGAUUGCAGUAUUUAUCAGGAGAUGUUUGUGGUGGCAACGCUCGCUGCAUUGCAAUGCUUCAAGCAUUCCAAGAAGUCAUUAAUGACUACUCAACACCACCUGAGAAAACUCUUGUUCGGGACUUGACAGCAAAAAUUGGAAGUUAUGUUUCUUUUCUUAUUGAGUGUCGUCCCCUUUCAAUCAGUAUGGGGAAUGCAAUUAGGUUUCUAAAGAACCGAAUCGUCAAGUUGCCUUUGACUUUGUCCGAAGCAGAAGCAAAAGCAACUCUUCAUGCAGAUAUUGAUUGCUUCAUAUAUGAGAAAAUUAUAGUUGCAGACAAGGUGAUUGUCAAGCAUGCCGUCACAAAGAUCAGGGAUGGUGAUGUUCUUCUUACAUAUGGGUCAUCCUCUGCAGUUGAAAUGAUACUACUGCACGCCCAUGAGCUUGGAAAACAGUUCCAAGUUGUGGUUGUCGAUUCUCGUCCAAAGCUUGAAGGGCAACUGUUACUUCGUAGGUUGCUGGGAAAAGGCAUUAGCUGUACAUACACUCAUAUAAAUGCUGUUUCUUAUAUCAUGCAUGAAGUUACUCAAGUGGUUUUGGGUGCAUCAUCUGUACUGUCCAAUGGAACAGUUUACUCAAGAGUUGGGACUGCAUGUGUUGCUAUGAUGGCUCAUGCCUUCCAUGUACCGGUCUUAGUUUGUUGUGAAGCAUACAAGUUUCAUGAGAGGGUACAACUUGACUCCAUAUGCUCUAAUGAGUUGGGGGAUCCUGAUGCUAUUUCAAAAGUUCAUGGCAGAGACGAAAUCAACUUCUUGGGCGGCUGUGCCACUAGUGAAAAUAUGCAGCUUUUGAAUCUGAUUUAUGAUGCAACGCCAUCAGAAUAUGUAUCAAUGAUAAUCACAGACUACGGCAUGGUUCCACCCACAAGUGUCCCUGUCAUUGUGCGAGAAUAUCGGAGGGAGCAUUGGUGGAUAUAGAUGUUUAGCCUGUUGAUAGAUCUUGGAGGUUUCUCUAGAAUUUUGUUCGCGCUAAUAUCAUCUUUCCAGCCAUUGCAAUUAGAGAAUCAAGAGCAGAAGAAAUUUUUGCUUUACUUGCUUUUUCUCAUCAUCUAGAUGUUCUGGAAUAUUUUUGAGUUUCCCAGAUUUUGUUUUCUUAUUUCCUGACUCAGUGAAGAGUGCGUUUUUCGCCUCUCCGGGCAGAUUUAUCUUGCAUACAUUUGUAGUUACCAACUUUAUUUUUCCCCUUCUAGGAAUGGCAGGCCCCAUAGUCACUUUCAUAGUAAACUGACAGUUUUGUUGCCAGAGGCUUACAUGUUCAAUUGUACGUUAUUUUGUCCCAAUUUGGUUGAAAAGAUCGAAACAGUUUUGUUA